AUAAUGCUGUAGGGAAUAUUUGCAUUACGCAGUUUGUAAGGCUGAACGCGCAAGAAUGGAGUGGCGCAACUUCGUCGCGCCGAACCAGCAGUUGCUGAUGCGAGCGCACACGAGAAAUGUGAUAGCCAGGACUGUGCCCGAGAUGUCCUUCGUCGACGAGAACGCAGAGCUUGCUCAUUCGCUCGACUUGCUGUACUAUGGCGUGGGAUGGAAUUGGCUUCAGAGCGCGAAGGACGCGGAGCACCUAGAGAUGGAUGCGGUGAUGGCUUCAACGACGGACAACGACCAUCAGGGCAUAGAGAACACGCUGGAAGUGGGCACAGACAGCUUCUGGUCUAGCACCGGCGCCCGAACCACUGCGCCCGGAGAGUCGCUGCUGUACCGGCUGCAGGCGCCGCUGGCUGUACGGGUGUCGUACGUUAGCCUGGGCGUGUACCGGGCCAUGUACCAGCACGGAGACCCCAUGUACCCGCCCCGCUACGUGUCCUUCCUCACCGGCCCCACCCCCACUCAGCUCUACCCCGCCUCCCCAGUCUACCCCGUGCGCCUAACCGACGGCCAGCAGGUGUUUGCGCUGUCGCCGUGUGCGCCGCUGUGCCGCUACCUCAUGGUGCGCAUGCACGGCCGCGCGCAGAAGCAAUGGGAGGAUGCCAGGUACUACAUUGCCGUACGGGCUGUAGCGGCACACGGCCGCCCGGCGCCGCUGUCGGAGUUGCAGAAGGUGUCUCGCCUGACGGCGGGCCUGGGGCUGACGUGGCACAACACACGCGGCCUGUCGCCAGCGUCACUGGCCACACGAGCCGCCGCGGAGCCUUCCGCCGCUGCCACUGCCGCAGCAGCGGUGGCGGUGGCGGCGCCAGAGGCCGCGGCCGCGGACAUAGCUAUGCCUGACGCCGCCGCCGCCGCCACGGAUGCGGCAGUGGCCGAGCGGCAUCAUCCGGGUGUUCUGCCAGCGGCGGCAGCAGCAGCGGCGGAGCCUGGUGGCGCUGCGGAGGAGGCGGAGGCCGAGGUGGAGGAGGAGGUGGCGGAGGUGGCGGAGGAGGUGAAUUCGGAUUCAGAGGAAGAGGAUGAGGAGGAGGAUGAGGAUGAGGAGGAAGAUGCAGAGGAGGCGGAGCCGCUGGCGCCGGCGGCGGGGGAGGCGGCGGCGGCGGGCGUGCCCCUGCCGCGAGCCGAGGUGUUUGACGUUCGGCGGCUGCAGCAGCAACGCCUGCAAGUGCGCGGCGGCGGCGGCGCCGUGCCUGCCUGGACCUGCACCUCCUCCUCCCUGCCCUGGCGGCGGCAGCACCGGCGGCGGCAGCGCGCCCCGGGGCGCGGCGCCGGCGGCGGCGCCGGAUUCAGUGCUGGCGGGCAAGUCCCCAGCAUAGCCGCAGAGGCGGCGGCUGUUAUGGAGGUAGUUGCUCCCAGGAGUGGGGCCGCCGCCAGUGGCGGCACCCACAGUAGCAGCGGCGGCGCCAGCAGCGGCGCCGGCGAAGGCUCCGGAGCGGAGGGCGGCGGUGUGGAUGACGCGGCUGUUCUGCUUGAUCGGCGGCCGGCUGUGACCGGGCCCACGGCCUGCGAGAUGCGGUUGCUGGCGGCGCGGCAGCAGCUGAGCAGGCUCGUUCGGCAUCUGGCUCACGUGCCCUGGGAAGAGUCUUUCCACAUCCUCAGCGGCGGCGGCCAGCAGCCGCCCCGCACGCCACCAGUGAAGGCGAUUCCGGCGCGGCGCUUCAGCGCUCUCCAGGUGCUGGCGGCAGAGGGGCUGCCGCCCGGCGUGCUGCCCGCCGCCACCGCGCGCGCCGCCAAGGUGGCGGCGCGCGCCGCCGAGCGGGCGCUCCCCCGCCCGCCGGGCAGUCGCAGCGGCGGCGGCGGCGGCGGCGGCGGCGGCGCGCCGCCAGACGGCGACGACGUCGCGGAGCGCAUGAUGCAGCUGCUGCUGAUGCCGGUGCCCGAAGGGCGGGAGAGCGCCACCGCCGCCGCCGCCGCGGCCGGAGGUGGCGGCGGCGGCGCGUCGGAGGCGGCGGCGCUGCAGCGCCGCAUCACACGCCUGGCGGCGAUCGUGUCGCGCGGCCGUGAGGCGCGUGCUGCGCUGUCGUACCUCAUGUUGUCGUACCCGGUGAUGGGCACGAGCAUGCCCGCGCUGCGCUGCCAUGCUACGGUGCACCAUGGUUUGCUGGAGGCGGAGGCGAAGCUGGCGGCGGUGCAGCUGGAGGCGGCGGCGGCCAGCAAGGCCAGCGGCGUGGCGGCGGCGGAGCAGCGCGUGGCGGCGGCGGCGGCCAACGUGGCGGCGGCGCGCGCGGCGCUGGCGGCGGCGCGGGCGGAGGUGGAGUCAGAUGCGGCGGAUACGACGGCCGCGGCGGCGCCUGGGGCGGCUGCGACGCAGGCGGGCGGCGGCGCAACCGCGAUGGAGGAGGCCGGGAGCACAGUGGCAGCAGCAGCAGCAGCAGCGGCAGCAGCCUCGGUGGCGGCGGCGGAGCCGCCGCCAGCCGUGCGGCGGCGCCACCUCCGGGCGGCGGUGGCGGCGGCGGCGGGUCUGCUGCCGUACCUCCCCGGCCGUGUGCUGUUCGUACAGCUGCCGGGAGGCGCCGUGGGGCCGUGGGCCCGGCAUGGGCUGACGGGGUUGGGGCUACCGCUUCCGGCGGGCGCGGCCGUCGCCGCAGACGGCUGCGUGGCGGCUACUGUCACUGGCGGCGGCGGCGGCGGUGGCGCGGCGCCGAUGGAAGUGGAUGCAGCGGCGGCCGGUUCUGGAUCCAGGGAGGACGGCGGCGGCGACGGCGGCAACGGGUGGCUGGUCUCAAUCCAUGACUUCGAGCAUCUCCUGACUAGUGGUUCCACGUAACCUGGAUCCGGAUCUUGGACCAUCAGGGUGCAGCAGCUCCUUGCCGGCUUCGUACGGUACGACGGACGUCUCCGUUUGUCGAGUGGCGGUCGCCACGGUUGCAGAACAAGUUUCUUAACUGCAUCAGAGCUACAGAGAGCGUCUCGUGUGCCUGGGCAGGCAGGUCUGGCUGGCACUCCGUCGGCGGUUUCAGAUGUGCAGGAGCAGGAGCUGCGGCAAUUGCAGCGGCAAUGGCAGGAGCUGUAGAAGCAUCGGCAGCAACAGCAGAAGCAGAAGGAGCGGGAGCGGGCCGAGGCUUUCCCAGGCCAAGCCCAUGGCAAGCCCAGGCCCCAUGGCGAAGCCAGGGCUACAUGGCAUAUCCAGGACAGCCAGCAGUACUGGAACGCUGUGGUUGCAGUCGGCGGUCAUGCGUACGGUCGGGGGUGUUCAGGCGCUGCGAGUGAGCACGUAUGCAAAGGAACGGUGGGGCCACACAAGGCACGGCAUCAUAAAGGCAUGGCUGUUGGCACGUGCUGUUUUCGACGGCCGGAGCUCUGAAAGCUUGGGCCAAGCACGGACUGCCUGGCGCGCCUCACGUGUGGGUCGUGUGGGCACUGGAACGGUUGAGGGGCAGCUGCUGCACGCAAGUUUUUCGUUAGGUUGAUUGGAGUUUGGUUGUGUUGCUGAAUUAUGUGGAGAUUGGUUGUGUUGUUGUCCAGUUCGUAUGGGGCUACAACUCAAGCGUCGCCACAGCUGCGAAAUAGUGCGAUGAAGAUUAGGCAGUCCAACGAUUUUCGGUGAAGUUGCGUCUAAAGUUGCGUCACGUUGUCGAAAUUAAACAUUAUUGGAGUACUUAUACGUUGUGUUAAAUUGCAAUUACUCAAACGUGAAGAUGCGUGUUCCCAAUUGAUUUCGCUGCUCGUUGCUUGUUCUGAGGAGCGUCCUUGCGCAUCACUAGAAACGUCAACAUGACUACAUGAAUUUCGCAUAGGUGCGACUUUAUCCGCGGGCAGUUCUGCGGAGGGCAGGCUGCGAGGCUUGGACACAUAGCGUAGGCCGUUUCCCGUGAGCUUCUGGGUACCGACAUGCCCAAAGACUGCAUUACGGCCCGCCGUCAGGGUUAAGGAGGGCUAUCGGGCAACACAAAGUUCCGACCCUGGAGCGGAGCAAUUGUCUCUCGUCGAGCCUCUCCGCGGCGCCGGGCCCGGGACACCUUGUGGAAAUCACAUCAGCGCAUACUUGUCGCGGGGCCAGUCCUGGGCACGACUCGGGCCUGCGCCUUCGCUGCAGGCGCUGGGCAUGCUAGCCUCCCCAAGCCUGGUGCACAGCGGCCGAGCUCGUGCAGCCUAGCUGCAACGCCCAGUUGCAUGGACCACGACGCUUUCACCGAGCAACCUUACCAACGCGGCGGGGCAGCGAGAUUGUGAACAGCCACGUAC